AUGUUAGCAGUUGCAUCACUUAAACGUUCACUUGAAUUUGAUCCAGUUGAACAAGGUGUGAAACGUAAACGAGCAGAAAUAAAAUUAUCACCAACAACAUUUACAAUCAAUAAUACUUCAUCAUCACCUACAAAGCAACAAUCAAUUUUUACUAAAUCAUCGACGAAUAAAAAAACAUCAUUAAAAUCAUGUUCACUUGCUGUUUUAACAUCAUCAUCAACUGAUGAUACACCUAUGUUUACAUAUACACAAACUGCUCAAAUGUGUGCUCGUCUAUUACGUGAACAAGAUAAAUUAAUACGUGAACAGUAUGAACAAUUAUUAACAACGAAACUUAAUGAACAAUACGAACAAUUUGUAAGAUAUUCACAUGAUAGUGUUCAUAAAAAUCCAUCGAAACAACAACUUUUUCAUUUUGGUCAACAGCAAGAAACCGAGAAUACAUCAAUCACUGCUUUUUCAUAUAUUUCGUGA